GUUGGUGGGGGAGGCAGCAGUGACGGCCAUGUUGUAGGUUGGUGUAACAGAGUGGAACCCACAGAUCUAGGACGCAGCUUACUGCUGGCGUCUCUUGCUACACAUAUCCCAGGAACUCAUUUUCCUUCAUCCUUCAAGAAGCUGCGAGACCAGUCAUACUAAGUGAAGGAGUCAGAGGAUAAAGAAAGGCAGCUAAAUCUUUUCACUACAGCGCAUUUCUUGCUAGUAACUGGGAAAACCUCACCUUCAGAUAAGAUGAAUAGUCGAUGCAGGAUGAUAGUCGGGUGUGUGGAGGGACAUGCCUAGAGAAUAACAUUCCCUUGCUUAUCUCUGUUUCUGAGCGGAAUCCCCCUGGAAGAUAUUGUAAUGUGAUUAGAAGUCUAGUAUAUCACAUGUUUAAGACACUGUUGUGUGGAAGAACUUUAUAGAGAAACUUUAUUAUACUGUAUUACUAUAUAAAUACGUAUAAGUGAAUAUAGAAUAUAAGUUACUGUAUCUAGUCAUUGGAUGAAAUAACCUAAACAAGUUAGUAAACUGUUAAAUAAAAGCAAAGUAAAUCACGUGCAGUACUAGUCCCUCACUUUACAAAUAAACAUCUUGUUUAGAGCAAUUUGAGCCAAGUAUUAAUCAAGGCUUAAAAUUGUGAAGCGUGUAUAGAAAUGGGAGAUGCAAGCCAAAAUAACUUGCAGCUCUUUGAUGAGCAGUAUCGCUUGGAAACUUUUGAGGGUCAUAAUUUUGCAAUAGAUAAUGGUACUCUUGCGAAGGCUGGUUUCUAUUACACACACACUGGAGACUUUGUGAAAUGCUAUAUGUGUAAUUUACAAAUUGAUGCUGUAAACUUAAAACCAGAUGAAGAUAUUAUCGCUCUACACAAGGAAAAGAAACCAGACUGCAAGUUUGCUCAGAACCUCAAUAGGUCAAAGAAAUUUGCCUCCUAUGACAGUCUGCGGUUUGAGAAAGAACGCUUGGAAACUUUUAUAGAAUGGCCUGUGAAAUGGUUGAAACCAAGUGAUUUGGCACGUGAUGGCUUUUACUAUCUCAGAACAGCUGACCACUGUGCUUGUGUCUUCUGCCGAGGCAUUGUAGGAGCCUGGGAAGAGGGUGACACGCCUAGAGGGGAGCAUCAGCGGCAUUUCCCACACUGUCCAUUUAUCAGGGGACAGCCGGUUGGAAAUAUCCCAAUUACACAUGGUGAAAUUCUUUCGAAGAUGUCGCCAUCAUCUCCAAAAUUGCGAAAUAGACACAUGGUGGGGAUAGAUGUCUGUGGCACUCCAAGGCAUAUGCCAGGCUCUUAUGCAGAGUGCAGUGGACCUCCAAAGAAGGAAGGAGCAAAUCUUGAUAGUAUGGGUCUGCCUCAGCACAGUGGUCCUAAACGGAAAGACUAUCUAACAUAUGAGAGUAGAGUAGCAAGUUUCGUCAGAUGGCCAGAACUUGUUAAACAAAAACCUGGAGAGUUGGCAGAAGCAGGAUUCUUCUACUGUGGUCUGAGUGAUCAUGUGCGAUGCUUUCAUUGUGGAAAUGGGCUACGUAACUGGGAGUCUGAUGACCUGCCCUGGAAUGAGCAUGCACGCUGGUAUCCAGAGUGUAACUUCGUGCUUGUGAAGAAAGGACAAGAAUUCAUUGAUAAGGUUAGACGAGAAAGGCCUCCAUAUAUUCGCACUCCUACUUCCAAGCCUGCAUCAAGUAAUGCUUCAUCCAAAUCUGUACCAGUUAAAAAUGUUAUUACCGAAACUGAAUUAAACCCAUUAAUGGAGCUGGACAUUAUACGUGCAGUACUUGCAAUGGGCUUUCCGCAAGACAAAGUGAGAGCUGCUCUUCGACGAAAGCUUGAACAGACUGGGCUGCCUUUCUUUGGUCUUGAACCAUGCAUUGAAGCAGUCCUACAGUAUAUGGAGGAAGAAACUAAACGGACUCUACAGCAGGCUUCUAGUCAAGAAAUAGGGAGCGAGGCCACUGCUCAACAAGCGGCAAAAAUGCAAUCUCUGGAGCCUGGAAGCCCAAACCAGAAUGAAUCUUCUCUUCCUUCAAGCUCUUCAGCUGCUACCUUGCUACCUUUGCCUGCUUCCAGCACAGCUACACUUGCUUCUGUGUCCUCUGCUGUUACAUCUUCCUCCCCAACAGUCACAUCUACUGGGUUUUCCUCGAGUUCCAGUGCCACUAUUUCAACCCCAUCCACAUUAGCUGAAGUUUCCAGUCCAGUCAUUACAACCCUCCCUUCACCUGCUUUAGUUUCUAGUGCCUUUGCUACAACCAUUUCUACACCUACUUCAGUUACCAGGGCCACUUCUACAUCUUCUGUUUCAUCAGUCUCUACAUCAACAUCUACUGCAACAUUGCCAGUAUAUCAAGAGACAUCAAGGUCACUUCCCCUAGUUCCUGCCAACAACUCUUCUGCAUCACCGUCUUUAACCACUACAGACGAAGAAAUGGAAACUGAUGAGACUGCUGCUGCUGGAAGUUUAGCUCAGCCUAUGGAUGUGAUUACAGAGGCUGAUGAGAUAAUGGGUAUUGCAGAAGUGGCCUUAAAGCCACCAAUUUCGGUUUCAUCAUCCCUUAGUCACAUAGAGAUGAAAAUUGGACAGGCAUCUGGUGAAAAAAUGCUUGGAGAAGCUUCCACAUCUGGGUUUGCAAAGAAAGCUUCUACAGCCACAAAACCUCAGUCCUCUCAAGAACUUGCAGAGGAGUUGGAAAGAAUUCGUGAUAUAAGAAUGUGCAAAGUUUGCAUGGAUGCAGAGAUGGAUGUAGUGUUCCUGCCAUGCAAACACAUGGUUACAUGCUCUUCGUGUGCUCUAGCACUGGCACAGUGCCCAAUUUGUAGGGAAGACAUAAAGUAUACAAUAAAGCCGAUUCUUUCCUGAAUAAUAUAAGUUAAAGUAUGAAACUUGGCUGAUAUUAUAUAAUUGGAGAGUGCUUGUCACUUUGUUGUAUUAUGUUGUUUAUAUUAAGCUUGAUAUUUUUUUUCUCCUAGAACUGUAUACAGUAUAGUUAUUUUCCAUGGCCAGGCUCCAGGAGUAGGAAAACCCUAAACCCUUCAGAAAUAUCAAAGUAAUUGGAAUGUACAUAAAGGGAAAUGUCAGUUUUUCACAAAUUAUAAUUUUAGAAAAUAACUAUACUGUAUACAGUUUUCUAUAUUGUAACAGUUGUCCGUUGAUUCGGUUAUUUUCCCAUCAGUUUGUAGUGGCUUGACCGUAAAUUCAAAAAUUUUACUAAUGAAAGCCAGUUGCUUUUGUAUCAGAAACAUUCAUCCGAUUAUUAAGUCGUAAAUCUUCCCAACAUGUAAGUGUUAGCUAUCAUGUUUUGACACGUGUUCGUUGUAGUAUUUUAGUGUUCAAUCACUUAUUGACUUUUCAAAGAAUAUUGCUAUGUAGAAAGUGAUGGUUUAUUUUUUCUGUCUAAGGUCAAACUGACCUAUAACUUUAAAUUUGAUAGCAACAGUUGUAGAUGAUGUACAUUAUCUAAAGUGUAACAAAUAUAUUUUGCCAUUUAAAAUUUUCAUUACCAAUAUGUUGGUACAAGUAUACAGAAAUUUCCUGUUGAAAAAAGGGGAUGUCAUGUACUGUACUUUUUCUUCAUUUAUAUUAGAUUUCAUCCCAGUAAGACGAAAAUGGCCUUAAAACUCUUAAAAACGUUUUUUUUUUUUUUUAUAUACUAUGUAUAAUGUUUUAAUGGACAAAAUAAAGAAAGUCAAAUUUUAAUCAUUUGGGAUUCAGGUUAAUCAAUGGAAAUUCUUUAGAAAGUCUACAUCAGGCAAGCACCCAUGCCACCUUUACCACAGCGAAUGAACAAUUGUAAUGGUGGCUUGCUCUUUAAUCAAAUGAUAAGUUUUAAACUUGUAUUGUUGCUGCUUGCAUAUAAACUAGUCACAACAGUGAUGUUUAAUAAAGAACAAUGCAAGAAAAC